AUGGCUCGUACCUUCUUUUGCAAAUUAUUGACAUACGUAUUCUCUGAAGAUGAUAGCGAUGUUCAUACUGAUGAGGUCAAUGGACAGUCAUCGAGGCAGCGUGACAAUAGGCACCCACGUAAGUUUAUUCAGCGUGAUCAUGCCCAGGGGCACGAGCGCUUAUUUCGUGAUUAUUUCGCAGAAAAUCCAGAAAGCACCGCAAUGGAGAGCCUAAAAAGAUUCUCUGAGACAAUAGUAAAUGUUUUUUCAGAUGAAUAUUUGCGGUCUUCAAAUGCUAAUGAUAUAGCCCGAUUGCUGUUGGUUGGUGAACAACGAGGAUUCCCAGGAAUGCUCGGAAGCAUUGAUUGCAUGCAUUGGAAGUGGAAAAAUUGUCCAGCAGCCUGGAAAGGUAUGUACUCUGGCCACAUCCAUGAACCAACUAUUAUUUUAGAAGCAGUUGCUUCAUAUGAUCUUUGGAUAUGGCAUGCAUUUUUCGGUAUGCCCGGUUCACAUAACGACAUUAAUGUACUAGAAAGAUCUUUUAUUUUUACGGAACUUGCUCAAGGGCCUGCUCCUGCUGUCAAUUACACUAUCAAUGGCAACGACUACACUAUGGGGUAUUACCUUGCGGAUGGUAUUUAUCCCAAGUGGCGAACUUUUGUGAAGACGAUUCCAUCACCACGAGGGAAUAAGAAGAAAAAUUUUGUGAAAGCACAAGAAUCCGCAAGAAAAGAUGUCGAGCGUGCAUUCUCAAGUGUGUCAUCAAGCAGUUUAAAAGGAUUUAAAAAGACCUACUAUGGAAAAAGCGAUGCUCAUACAUUUAUAUAACUACAUUUAUGUCCACCUCCUAAAGCUG